AUGUACCCUGAUCACAUGUUCAAAUAUGUGAUAAUCGGAGACGGAGGCGUCGGAAAGUCUAAUCUAUUGCUGCGAUUCACCGACGAACUUUUUGAUCCGAUUCAUACAACGACGCUUGGAGUUGAAUUCGGGUAUAAGGAUCUGCAGAUUGACAAAUACAAAGUGAGGCUUCGUGUUUGGGAUACGUGCGGACAAGAGAACUUUCGGUCAAUUAUUCGUGCCUACUAUCGGAAUGCACUUGGAGCACUUCUUGUUUAUGAUAUAACUUGUCGUAAGUCCUUCGUUCACUUGGAGCAGUGGCUCUCUGAUCUUCGACAACAUGGGCAUCCCGAGAUGGUGAUAAUGCUGAUUGGCAACAAAAGUGAUCUUAAAGCGGUCCGUGACGUCACAACGGAAGAAGGUGAAGCAUUUGCUAAAAAGAAUGGCCUGACGUUUAUGGAAACUUCUGCAAAAGCCAAUAAGCAUGUGGAGAAGGCAUUCGUGAAUACAGCUCAUGAGAUUUAUAAAAAGCUUAAGCUUGGAGUGAUUGAAGACGACGAUGUGAAAAAGAAAAAAAUUGGUAUAAUUUUACGCUCUAGAUCCGGAAAAGAGAAAAAAUGUUGUUAA